AUGCGCCGACAUGAUCCCCUUGUUCAUCUUCUCCUCGCUAUCUUUCAUCCCCCCCGGGCUUCAUGUCUCAUGCUUCCAACUCCUCCUUUUAUCGAGGUUCGCAAUCCAACAUUUCCUGAGCCAACUGCUCCGCCAUCACAACAACUUGCCUCGAACCCAUCAUGCUCUCUCCUCUCCCAAGCUCUAUCCAUCUGCGCCGUUCUCACACCUGGCUUCGUUACACUCCUUCCACCUCAACAAGCACAUUGUCUCUGCUACUCCAGUACAGUAUGGGCGCCGAACGUCUUCGAUGACGCAGUGAAGACAUGCGCCGACUUUGCGAGCACUGCUGCUUCAGGAGCAUUCCCUCCGCUGUUAAAUCUCGAGGGUUUCUGUCUCAGUGUAGGAGAUGUGGAUAAAGAUGCGCCGGCAAGUGUACAAGCCACGCCUACUGGUCGCAUACCGGGUGCUGGAAUGGGAGGUACACAUGGCAACACGAAUGAAGUCACGCCUGGAUCGAACUAUGUGCCGCCGAUGCCGACUUAUGGAACUGGCAAUGGAAGUGGAGCCAAUGGAGAACAAGGCGGUUCUGGGAAUGGAGCCGAUGGCUCAGAUGGGUCUAGCAAUAAUGGUGGUGGUGGAGUAGAUGGUAAUGGAGGUUCUGGCUCUGGCUCUGGGGGACAAGGCGCAACUUCAUCGCCAACAGGCUCGCCAGCUCCAACGCCAACAAUCAGCUCUGGAUCCAAUGGGCUUGGCACGCUCACACCUACAACAAGCAUAUCAGGUGUGACAAUCACGGUCGUUGGUGGAGGAGUAGGAGCUACCAAAACAGCAGACGGAUCAGUGAGGAAUCGAGGAGAGGUUACUGAUAUGGAGGUUGUGUUGGUCAGUUUGGCGAUUUCGGCGCUGAUUCUUUUUUUAUGAUUGCUGCCCUGCUGGGUGGGGCGAUUAUGCAAUUCCUUAGGUCAUAGGAAUCAUACUGGUGAGAAGAAGGGGUGAAGAGGG